CGCGAUACUUUUGUCAUGGCAAUAGCUUGCAGAAGAAGGCACGUCAUCUGGCAUACGCCCAAAGUACCUAACUCUGCCAAGGGGUUAAAAAUUGAAGAUCCGGACCCGGACCCUGUUUCUGUUUCCAAACGCCAAACAACUUCCCCGGAUUUAUCUUUCCCUCUGUUUGUUUGCCGACAGUCACAGGCCAUUUGUGGAAUGCGACCCAUCGUAUCUGGACAGAAAAAAAAAGGCUCAUGAUUGGGACACAAUGGAGGACAAUCAAUAAUCUACACUAUUCUGAUACGAUUCCAAAAGAAAUCCAGGCGCAACCCCUCACCUUGCGCGAAUACCCAGCCUCUUCUCAUUGCUCGUCUCAGGUCGGCAGAUAAGAUCAAGCGAGGGCAGCAUUUACAGUGGACGACGGCUCUCAGACCUCCUACUAGACUAGCACCGGUCGGUCCCCAACCACGGCAAUCUUGAAGGCCUCCCAACGAACACCACGACAAGCCAAGGACGGACUACACUACGUACUGACUCACUCGUAGAAAGAACGUUGAGACGAUCGGCCAUACUUGGUAAAAGGGUAGCUCUAGGUCAGUGACAACGGAUCUGCCUGGGAUCCGCCGGUCUCCUUUUUCCUGCCCAACAACCUAAGUGAACCCGACUGUUCAUCCGACCUGUUAGUUUGUGUCGAUAUCUUGAUCAGAACGUGAUCGCGGCUGCUGCUUUUCUCUUGGCUUCCACAUCCCACCAAACACGCCAAACAAGCCCACCAAGACUGUGAUCGCCGCCCCACCCAAGGCGGCCUUCACCACCAAACAAAAGCCUCCCAUCCAUUCCAGGCUAAUCCAGUGACCCCACUGUCUUCGAUCAUCUGGGGGCAGAAAGUCACCCCCUGGUCACUCCACCACCCUCCCUCGUCGCUAGGUGGUGGUUGCUCUCGACACUUCUUUCCACCGACCGACAACUUCACCUGCUUGCUGCUUUCUCCAUCGAUCCAACAAUCUCACCUCGCCAACAAAACGAAACAACACCGACUGCAGCUUGACAUUUGUUGCGCGCGCACCUUAUAUUCACCUUCUUUGGCCAACAUUCCCCAACGUCGAUACUACACUUCUUGAUUGCAACAACCCACAGCUUGUUUCCAAACAUGUCAACCAUCAUGGCAUCGUCACCCACACACACUCCGCCGCCCUCCACGGUCCCGCGGCCAAAGGGUAUUCUCAAGAACUCGUACCGUAACUCUCCGCCCGCGGGCCCAACUUCCCCCCUCGACACCCACCACCAUGACGCGGCUCACCCCCCGCCACUCAUCCACAUGCCCUCCUCCGCCAAGGAGGCCAAAGAAAUUACCAUCAUGAACACUCAGAUCAACGCCGGACCCCGCCGCUCCUCGUCUGUCGCCGGAUCGCGGCCUGGCCUCAGUGGUUCUCGCCGUUCAACGACGCCCAGCCACCACGGCGACGAAGACUCGACGGAGCAAGGCCAGCGCCUCAAAUGGGACGAGGCGAACCUCUACCUCACGGAGCAAGAGCGGUCCAGCACCAUGAAGAUUGACGAGCCCAAGACGCCCUAUGCCAAGCACUACGACCCCGCCGAGGACCCAUCGGACGACGACGAGGAAGUCCCAGAAGCCAUCGACCCCAACAAGAUCGACAUGGAUCGCGUGGAUGGCCUGUCGCCUCUUCCUAGGCAGAACAAGCGCAGGCACGGCAACAUUGACGACGAGAUCCCUGGCCUCUCGCUCGGCGAGCCGGAGGAGGCGGUGCCUGAGGGCGGCUUCCCCUUUGGCAAGGGCGCUACUGCCCAUUCCGAAGACGGCGGCUCCCCCAAGCGUCCUAGAGCUGUGCACGUUGAUAGCAACGGCAGCGGCCAUGAUCCCGAUGAUGAACUGGUCGGCCUCAGCGCCGAAGAGAGGGAGAAGCAUCGCAAGUUUGAGGAGAUGCGCAAGAAGCACUACGAGAUGAAGAGCGUGGCGUCGCUACUUGGUCACCCUGAGAAUCUGGAAGAUGAGGACGAAGAUGAGGAUGAGGAGAUCCCUGAGGUGCCGGCUCUCCCGACACGGUCCAAUGGAUCGUCGUAGGAGGUGGACUCUGAGGGCAGGAAUCGCCAUCUCGUCUCGGGCAUGGUAGUUACGGUGAUGCGAGUCCUAUCAGCAAGAAAGAUGGACAUGGAGGCUAGGAGGUUAUGACGGCGUGCGUUGCUAAAAGUGCGAUAGUGGCGGACGAUGUCAACAUGGUUACAGGCGAAUGUGCGCCUGGGGAGGAGCAGGACGGGAAUGUAGGUUUGCUUUUGUAUUUUGGGACGGUUCAUGUAUAUGGCCGAGGUGAUGACUGGACGGUCCCUAUUUCAUCUUCUAUGGCUCGCUUUUAUUAUCAAAGGGAAAGGGUUGGUGAUGGUAUACCCUAUAUCGGUCAGCGGUAACCGAUGCGAUUGGCGUCUGCAUUUCGAGCUAUGACAGCGAAGCAUCAAUGUAUUUCUUCUUUUUUUAUUUCUCUUCUUACGAACUUCAUUCGAUUAUGGUUUUACCGUGUGUUACAGGACCCCCCAUUUUUUUUUCAUCUGCCACCAAAACUCAAGAAUUCGAAUGCACACGCAGCCUCUUACCAUUCUCUUCUUUGUUUCUUUUUCUCUUCGCUUCUAUCAUGAACGGGUUUCGCUAGGGCCGACAUUAUGGGCAGACAGACACACCUCACCUUUCAAGGUACUCAAGUUUCAUUACAGACGGAGUGGUAACGAAUCCCAAGAAAUUGAUCCAUAAGUUCUUUGUACAGAUUGUCAUUGUGAUAUUGUAACGCCAAAAACCCCAAGCAAAGUUUCCC